AUGGCAGGCUCUUCAAAGACGAACAAGAAAAAUGGCACAACGGGGUCUUUGGGAUCAGCCGCCCAAAAGACCCUCUUUUCCUACUUCAAGCAAGCACCCGUGCCUGCUGAACGAACAACACCCACACCCACCGAAAAGCCAGUAACGGAAUCGUUGGCGGUCCGAGAACCAGAAUCUAAAGAAGAAGACGCGAUGGACAUUGACAAUGAGUCGCAGAACGCUUCAGAUAAUGUAAAAGAAGAAGUGUCCUUGCAAGGUCGCCCAAGGAAACGAGCAAACUACGUCGAAUCGGAGGACGAUCACGAAGACUCACCAUUACCUUCUUCUACUCCAGGCAAGAAUGAGCAGACAAGAAAAAGAAGGCAGAAGAAACGCAUUAUCGAUGAAGACGACGAAGACGACGAAGACGACGAGUACGUGCCUGCCGCCAUUGGCAAUGACAGUGACCACGAUGAGGAUACUUAUGUGCCUGAGCACUUUGAUGAUAUGGAUGAGGACGAGAUCAAAUCGCCUGUCAAGCUGCAUAAAUCUCCAGCCGCCGUGACACCACUCCGUGAACGAUUCCAGUCCAUAUCGAUGUCUCCAUCAUUGAAAAGACCAAGUAGUAAAAGCAGCCAAAUGCUUGCAAACUUGUCAACGAGUGAGGCACAGAAAAAGGAACGUACGCAAAAGUUCAAGGAAAAGAAUGACGUACGAUACUCAUGGCUUGCAGAACAAAAGGAUGCCAAUGGAAACCCAGUGGGAUCCCCCGAGUAUGAUCCGCGUACUUUGUAUAUACCUAAGCAAGCUUGGAACAAUUUCACGCCAUUUGAACGACAAUAUUGGGAAGUCAAAUCCAAGCAGUGGGACACGCUUGUCUUUUUCAAAAAGGGGAAAUUCUACGAGCUCUACGAAAAGGACGCAGAUAUUGGUCAUCAGAUUUUCGAUUUGAAAAUGACCGAUCGUGUCAAUAUGCGGAUGGUUGGUGUACCCGAAAUGUCAUUCGAUUACUGGGCUGCCCAGUUUAUUGCAAAAGGACAUAAAGUGGCGCGAGUGGAUCAGAUGGAAACGGCAAUUGGAAAAACCAUGCGCGAGAAAACGGAACAGAGUAAAGCUGACAAGAUUAUCCGACGCGAGUUGACGUCUGUCCUGACUGCCGGCACAUUGGUCGAUGCUGGGUUAUUAACGGACGAUAUGAGCACUUACUGCAUGUCAAUCAAGGAAUAUUGUCCAGCGGAAAAUUUGCCACCGACGUUUGGUAUUUGCUUUGUUGACACUGCCACUGCAGAAUUCAAUGUGGUGACUUUUGAGGAUGAUGUCAAUCGCACCAAAUUUGAGACAUUGAUUAUGCAAAUCAAACCGCGAGAACUUGUGACAGAAAAGAACCGAUUGAGUCAGUCCACCAGGCGCAUUCUCAAGAAUACGCUGGAUAGCCCCAUCUGGAACAUGCUUAUGCCUGAUAUCGAAUUUUGGGAUGCACGAACUACCGCUGACGAAAUUCGAAUUGCUGGUUAUUUUAACAGCAACCUGGAUAACGACGACUCUUGGCCUCAAGCAUUCAAGGCGGCUUUGGAAAAACCGAUACUGAUGUCGGCCGUGGGCGGCCUACUUUGGUAUUUACGAUCGCUCAAACUUGAUAAGGAAUUGGUGUCAGCCCGAAAUAUUCAUGCAUACGAUCCUAUCCGCAAUGCUUCGUCAUUGGUGCUUGAUGGACAGACGCUGGCCAAUCUUGAAAUUUUCCAAAACUCUUACGAUGGUUCGACGGAAGGCACACUGUUCAAGUUGAUUGGAAACAGUGUAACACCUUUUGGCAAACGAUUGUUUAAACGGUGGUUAUGUCAUCCUUUGCGACGAGCCGUCGAUAUUAACGCUCGCUUGGACGCUAUCGAAGACUUAAUGCGCAUGGUGGAUCUGCAUGAAGAACUGACCAACCAUCUUGCCGGUAUGCCGGAUUUGGAACGUCUUAUAUCUCGUAUCCAUUCCGGUCGAUGCAAGGUGAAAGAGUUUCUUACCACCUUGGAAGGUUUCAGGAAAACGCAACAAAUCAUUUCCUGUCUGCGUAGCUAUGCCGAUAAUCUUACAUCCGCUCUUCUUCAAAAUCUGGUGGAAAGCUUUCCAAACAUUGACGAACGUGUGGAGUUCUUUAGCCAAGCAUUUAUCACGGCCGAAGUGGACAUUGAUUAUCAAAAAAUGAUCUCCAUUAUCCCAAAAAAGGGAGUCAAUAAGGAGUGGGAUGCACUUAACAAGCAAAUCAAAGAUCUCGAAGUAGAAUUUGAUCGGUAUCUGUUACAGCUUAAAAAGGACCUUAGAUGCGCCAAGUUGGUCUUCAAAGAUCUGGGAAAGGAGAUCUACCAGGUAGAGGUACCGAAAGGUGUCAAGGUACCGCAAGACUGGAUCCAACUGUCCGCGACGUCCAAAGUGAAUCGUUACUGGAAUAGCAAAAUCAAGGGCAUGGUCACACAAUACAAGGAACUGCUGGAGACCAAGAAUGCGUUUAUCAAGAAUUUCACGAGCGAAGUGUAUGCUGAUUUUGACCAGCAUUAUGUGAUGUGGUUGAAUGCCGUGCAACAUAUUGCUCAAGUGGAUGCGUUGGUGGGGUUAGCCAAAGGAUCUAUGAAUCUCGGCGAACCGGCUUGUCGUCCGCAAGUCUUGGAACAGGAAGAAAGCGUCAUGGAAUUCGAAGAAUUGCGCCAUCCCUGCGUUGUACCCGGUGUUGCGACCGAUUUCAUUCCCAAUGAUACCCGUCUUGGUGGACAAGAACCCAGCAUCAUUGUUCUCACAGGUCCGAACAUGGGCGGAAAAUCCACGCUUUUACGUCAAACAUGUGUUGCCAUCAUCAUGGCCCAACUCGGCUGUUACGUCCCCGCCCGAUCGUGCCGUCUUACCCCUUGUGAUCGUAUUUAUACCCGUAUCGGUGCCAAUGAUAACAUUAUGGCUGGUCAGUCCACGUUCAUGGUCGAACUAGCCGAAACUUCGAAAAUUUUACAUGAAGCCACGCCACGCUCCAUGGUGAUUCUCGAUGAACUCGGCCGUGGCACAUCGACUUUUGAUGGUUAUGCUAUCGCCUAUGCUGUGUUACACUAUCUCGCAACGCAUGUCGGCUGCCUUGCAAUGUUUUCCACUCACUAUCAAACAUUAUGUCGAGAAUUUGAACGCAACCCGGAAAUCAAUAACAUGCAUAUGUAA